UUCGUUCGUAUACUCUUUGCGUGAAAUGAAAUAAGGAAAAAGAAAGAAUAAUUUAGCUAACUGUUUCUUCAAUCGUUCAAGAUAACGGCAUUCCGCACACUAAUGGCGAUACGACAUUUAGCUCACAUGAAAAUAUGCAAUUCACUUACAUUUUCAGAUGACUUAGAAGAACAAUGUGAAGAUGCACUGUUCGAAGUUUGUGAUGCUCGAGAACGCUAUCCAUUAUUAUGUGCUGAAGAAUUAGAAAAAUGUCUUAGAUUAACCACUGAAAUACAGACUAUAAAAGUUGUGCCAAAUAUAAAAGUUUAUCAUGAUAUAGAGCCCCAAACAGAAGAGCAAAAUGCACUUUUAAAUAUUGCAUCGAAAAAACAAAAUAUACCAUACAAACAUCAAGGCUAAGGAGGAAUUACUUCCUAAAAUACUGGUAAUAUUUUUUAUACUCAUACGUUUUACAACAACUUUAACACCUCUUGUAAUAUCUUCUAUAAACUUUAACAUCUUUAUGCGUGUAUCCUCAUUUUUUAUAUCCGUUUGUAAAUACAAUGAUCUUCUUGUAUGCCUCAAAGUUUUUUGAUUAAAAGUAUUACUACU